CCGCGGAGAGCCCGGGGCUGGGGGGGGCGGGCGGAGGUGGCUCCGGGCACUGGGACCUCUUCCCCAGGCAGAACACCCCCCUUCCCAGUAACGGGGUAGGGUGCGGGGCAUGCGGGCUCCCCCCUGCACCCUGCUUCAGGUGAUGCGGCUGCAAUCGGGAACCCCAACACCAGCGAGUGGGUGAUGUGGCUUCUGCCUCCUCUGCCCCAGGGAGGGUGCAAUAUACACACGGUGUGUCCCUAGGACAACAGCAAGAUCAUGCCGAGUCUGAAAUGGAGGAAUCUAACACACCACCAGCUGCUGGAACAUCUAAGGACUGGGCACCUGGAGCUGAAUCCCCACCUUCAGUACCAGGUUCUCAGGACCGGUCACCUGGCACUGAUUUUCCCACAUCCUCUAUGUGUGAAACAUCGAACCAGCCAAAGGUGUACGAAGACCCCUUUGAAGUCUCUGCUAAGUACAUGGAGAAACACAAAAUCCUGAAGAUAUUUCAGGAGAUCACAGAAAAACUGGUGUACGAGAAGCCCGAUGACCCCUUGCAGUUCAUGUUGGUUCAGGUUGCAUGAAGAACUGAGGAUGGCAAAAAGUGAUGGCAUAUGCAUCUUGCAGGGUCUAUUAGUCUUUGGGAAUGUGGUCAUUGGGAUGUGCGGCAUUGCCCUGACAGCAGAGUGCAUUUUCUUUGUUUCUGAUCCCCAUGGUCUCUACCCUCUGCUGGAAGCCACAGAAAACGAUGACAUCUAUGCUGCUGCCUGGAUUGGCAUCUUUGUUGGCUUUGCACUCUUUGUUCUGUCUAUCCUUGGUAUCAUUGGAGUCAUUAAGUCCAACAAGACCUUGCUGCUUGUGUACAUCAUUCUGAUGCUGAUCACUUAUGCAUUUGAAAUGGCUUCUUGCAUCACGGCAGCAACUCACAGGGACUUUCUCACUCCAAAUCUCUUCCUGAAGCAAAUGCUGGAGAGGUAUAAGAAGUCAGAGCCAGACAAUAACAAUGACAAAUGGAUGAUUGAUGGAGUCACAGAUACAUGGGAUAAAAUCAUGGUUCAGAACCAGUGCUGCGGCGUGCAUGGCCCCUCCGACUGGCAGGAGUACACGUCCGCCUUCCGCGCCACUCACAAUGAUGCUGACUACCCUUGGCCACGCAACUGCUGUGUUUUGGAUGACCAAGGGUCCCCCACCAACCUCGAUGGCUGCAAGCUUGGAGUCCCUGGCUACUAUAACAGCAAUGGUUGUUAUGACGCUAUUUCUGGGCCUGUAAACACACAAGCCUGGGGUGUUGCCUGGUUUGGUUUUGCCAUCCUCUGCUGGACUUUCUUCGUCCUCCUUGGUACCAUGUUCUUCUGGAGCAGAAUUGACUACUGAAGGCCCGGUAUCCUCAGCGCUGCCCUGAAGCACCAUGUGAAACAGCAUUUGUCUCCUGCUCCAUUUCCCUUAUGCCAUGGAGGAUUUGAAGUUUUCCCACUACCUCUCCCAUAUACACUUUUGCCCUCUAAAAACUUGACACAUAUUGCUGACAACUCCAGGAAAGAAUCUUCUUGUCCCUUAUUUGCCCUUUGUUCUUCAGCCUUAAUGCCUCCUGGCUGAGGCACAAUCCUUCUUUCGUUGUGCAAGAAAUCCUUGGAGCAUAAGAUUAAGAAGUGAUCUGAUUUGCUCUAUGAUACCAUCAGAAAGGAAAAUGUCCAUACACAUUUGCUUCAGAAAAAUUUCUCUCUAAAACUAUGUUGAAUGUAACUCAUAAUGCUAAAGGCUCCAGCAAGGGCUAUGUGAGCAAAGCUGUAACCUCCUGUGACCAAUAAAGACAGAUGCUGCAAGAGAGAAGACUGCAGACCUCUCUAAUCUAUUUUAUUGUUCAGCUUCUGUUCCUGGUCUCUGUCACCCCUUGCCUUAGAAUAAGGUAGAUUCUCAAAGAGUUUAAGUGUGUCAGCAGUAAAGCAAAGUCAGGGAUAAAAAAAUCUGCUGCUCGUCAAGCCCUAAAUCCAAGCCUGCCUCCUGUCACUGAUGGACUACUGCGUGUGCUCCUACCUUCAGAAGUGCCAGUCCAGGAAAAGCUCCACUUGCUAACAAGUAACUGCUUCAAAAAGCUGUUAUGUACUUCACACAAGAUUUGUGCAGAGUAAGUGGGGUCCUGUGCUGUAGUUGGCAUUGUGAAAGUGGCUGUCUCAAGCCCUUAGAUUACCACGCUUCUUGCUUCAGCUACCUACAUGUGUAUGGUCACAUCCCCCCUGUACUUCUUCUUUCCACAUACCCAGAUCAGGUAGAACAAAAGGCAAAUAAUGACAAGGAAUAAUUCCUGUGAAUAAUGCAAGCAAGGAGCUCACUGAACCAAAUCCAGUCCUUGCAUCAGCAGUUACAGUUCUUGCUCUGCUCAACAGAGGCUGUUUACUUUGGCCCAGACUGAUCUGGUGUCUUUCCUAGUAAACACUUCAAUAGUUACAUGUGUCAUGUGAAAUAUGCUCCUGUAUAGAGCGUUUUAAGGUGAAGCCUCUUCCAAAGGUGCACUGGUUCAGGUCCUCACACUGGCCAUCAGCCUUGAUUCUUUGUUUUUGUAUAUUCACCGAAAUACCAAUUAAAAAGAAGUGGAAGUGAAA